AGCCAGACUUGGAGCAUUUCAAAAUUUUACUUAACGGCUCAUUUCAUUUCUCUCUCUCUCUCUCAAAGGAAACAAAAUCUUCAAAUUCAAACGUUUCUCCCUUUAUCCAGAGUGAUUCCUUUGCUGUUGUUCGAUUCUGAUUCUAUCGGUGAGAAAAUCAAGGGCAACUUAGUUUUUGAGAUUAUGGAGACGAGGAUGACGAAAAUGGUCCGAGUGGUGGCUAGGGUUAAGCCAUCGACGGAUCCAUCGUCAACAAGAUCGAUAUUGAUUCAGAAGCCGUUGGGUGAAGAUUCCGAGAGUGUUUCGAUCUCCUUUGGAGCUCAAUUCGCUGGUUCGAAAGAUUUGUACAAAUUGGACUACUGCUACGAAGAAAGUGAAUCCACUGAUUUGAUUCUCACUAAGGAGAUUAAACCUCUAAUCUCUAGUGUCUUUGAGGGUAAAGAUGCUAAUGUUAUUGCCCACGGAGCAAGAAGUAGCGGAAAAACACAUCUAAUCCAGGGAAACGAGAGGGAAUUUGGUCUAGCUGUUCUUACAAUGUCUGAGAUGUUAUCCAUGGCUGAGGAAAGAGGAGACUCAGUUUCUGUAUCAGUGUACGAGGUUUCUCAGGAAACUGUGUAUGAUCUCUUAGACCAAGAUAAGCGAGUGGUUACUGUACUAGAAGGUGCACAAGGGAAGAUUCAACUAAAGGGACUUUCACAGGUACCUGUCAAGUCUCUCUCAGAGUUCCAGAACUUAUAUUUUGGUCUCAAGAAAACUCAGAAGCUGAGUAGUGACCCUCCAGUUAAGAGUCAUAAAGGUGUGAUGAUACAUGUUACCAGUGGCAACGCCAAUUUAGGGAGGAUGACCUUUCUUGAUAUGGCAGGAUAUGAGGACUCCAGGAAGCAAAACAGUGCUCUAGCUCCUCUAGAGAUUGCCAGGAUAAAUAAGUCGAUUUAUGCUUUGCAGAAUGUCAUGUAUGCUCUCAACGCAAAUGAAUCUCAUGUACCAUAUCGGGAGAGCAAACUCACUCGCAUGUUGAAGGAUUGUUUACAAGGAUGCAAAAGAACAUUGCUUAUCACUUGUUUGCCCAGGGAAUUUAGCCAAGACUCCUUUUACAUGCUAAACUUAGCAUCACGGAUCUGUCUAGGCGGUAACCGAGCCAUGAAUAAUCCUACUAAGAAGAAGAUCAACAGUCUUGAAAGAUCUUUUUCAUUAACUUCUGCUGCUCAAAGGAGACAGACACCUUUGACUGUGUCUGCUACUUCUAAAAAACAGACAGUGCUAAGGGGAAAUGUAACAGAGAGAAAGACUAAAAUCAACACUGCUGUUUCUGCACUUAAAGCAAGGAAACUGUUCGGCGAAUCGAAUGACUUGGGGAAAUGUAAAAAUAACUCUAAAAAGAUGGAAGGUAAAGCAAGGAUGGCACUUAAAAAGGAAAUCUCCACUUCGAAGGUUGUCUUGAACAGUCAGAUUUCCUCAUAUAAAGAAGAAGUCUGCUCAUCUUCUAUUGUUACAAAUUCUCAGUCUUCUUUGGUAGAAGAGGAUUCUGGUCUGGCUUUCUCAAGUUCAACGGUACCCAUGGAACCGAGCUCUUCAACCAGUGAGUUUUUAAGCUCAGAAGCUGUUGAAACUACAGAUAAGGAUUCACCUAAAGAACAUGAGUCAGGAGCCACUUAUUGUGAUGAUGCUUUUGCUGAAAAAGCAGCGCCAAUAGUAGUAGAGAGAGAUGACAAUAACUCAGUCAUUGAAGAAGAUCUGACUCUGGUUAUUGAAGGUGAAAACCUGGACAAAGAAAACAACAGUUUGCAAGCCAAUGAAACUGCAUCACCACCACUUACCAUGCGACUUCGAGAACUGUCAAACAAUUUGAAGUCAAUGUGCAAAUUCUCAGACCAACUAUCAGUACCUGAGAAAUAUCAAACUGCAUUAACUGAAUCACCGGCAGAAGAAGCAUCAGAGCACAGUGGUAUUACUGCUGAAGCUAUUGUCAGUGCAGAGCUAAGAACGCCUGAGAAAACUAUGCCUUCGAGCAUUGACUGCAGUCCUUGGAAGACAUAUAGCGCACACAGCUCUAAAUUGAAGAAGUCUGUUGUUGGAGAGUACCUCAAGUUCAUAAACACAGCUGGAAAGGAAGAUCUAAAGAAGUUAAAGGGUAUUGGCGACAAAAGAGCAGCUUCCAUAGUUGAGCUCCGCGAAGAAUCUCCAUUUAGCACGAUUGAUGAUUUGAAAUGCAUCGGACUUUCAGCAAAACAGGUCAAGGGACUGCUGAAAAAAGAGAUCGGGGAGAUUUUCGAGUAAUCGAAGGAUGAUGUGAAAAAUAUUUAUGAAGGUUUCUUUGCAAGGCAACACGGCGUUGCUCCUAAGAGUUCAAAGUUAAGUUGUUGAAAUGUGUAAUGAGUUAUGAUGAGGACUUAAUUUGUGUUGUCAAUACUUAAAUUAAAUUUGUGUGUCGUGUGACGUACUACUGUUGAAAGAUUUGGGUGUUUUAAAGGCAA